UCCCACUUUGGGCUUCUGGGAGGCCAGACUCCAGAGAUAGCGGUGAGAGGGGGGAGGGAGGGGGAGAGAGAGAGGCGCGACGAAGUUUGUACGGUAUCGGGGUAUCUGAAGCGAUGGCGGAGAAAAAUGAGGAAUCGGUAGGGGAGUCGUUGAUGGAGAAGAUAACGGAGAAGUUCCACCACGAGGACUCCUCCUCGUCGUCAGAUUCGGACAACGAGAAAUCGCAGCCGUCAUCGUCGUCCGUCCAGUCCAAGAUCUACCGCCUCUUCGGCAGGGAGAAGCCCGUCCACACCGUCUUGGGCGGCGGAAAACCUGCUGAUAUUUUCCUAUGGAGGAACAAGAAGAUCUCGGCCGGUGUGCUAGGUGGGGCCACGGCCAUCUGGGUCUUGUUCGAGUUGAUGGAAUACCACUUGCUCUCUCUUGUCUGCCAUUGCCUCAUUCUGUCACUGGCAAUCCUGUUUCUCUGGUCCAAUGCGACCACCUUCAUCAACAAGUCUCCGCCUCACAUUCCUGAGGUGAGCAUCCCUGAAGACGUGGCUGUGAGUGUCGCACUUUCGCUGAGAUAUGAUAUCAACAGGGCCUUUGCUGUUUUAAGGGACAUCGCAUCGGGACGUGAUCUGAAGAAGUUCCUCUUGGUGAUUGCUGGUUUAUGGGUCCUUUCUAUCAUUGGGAGCUGCUGCAAUUUCUUGACCUUGUUUUACAUAGUAUUUGUUACACUGCACACAGUGCCUGUUCUGUAUGAGAAGUACGAGGACAAAGUUGACUCAUUUGGAGAGAAGGCAAUGGCAGAAAUCAAGAAGCAUUAUGCAACAGUUCAUGCCAAGUGUUUGAGCAAGAUUCCAAAGGGGGCAUUAAAGAGAAGAAGCAGCUGUAGGUUCUGUCAGUUUGUGGCUAGCUGUGGAUUUUUGUGUGUUGUUGUGACAUUAUCCAUUUUGCUUAGAACUUCCACUUGGUGCAUGCAUGAAGUGUCUAAUCUCUUGGAUUGGAUUAUUCUUGUAUGUUUAGCAGGAGCGAAUCCAAGUUUUUAUUAUAUGGAUCGUAAAUAAGUUUGCACUAUUUUACCCAAUGCGAGCAUCCUGUUAUCUGCUA